AUGAUAAAACAUAGUUCAGUAUUCAGCUCGGUUACUGUGAUAUUAGCAUUAGUUUGUGUCCAUGAUGGCAAAGCAUUCAAUUUAUCGCCCAAGCCAAACAUCGUCCUACGAGAGCCGAAAACACUGGGCACUGGAAUUCCAAAAAUGCGUAGCUCAUAUUUUGGUUUCUCCUUGAAUUUGAAACAAAACAGUGUUUUAAUCGGUACUCCGCGGGCCCAAUCAACGCUGAGAACCCAGCGAAAAAUCAAUGAAACGGGCGCCAUUUAUAAGUGCACAUUUGAUAAAUCUCCGGCUGGAAAUUGUUCACCAUUCAUUUUCGAUGAGUUGGGUAGUCAUAGUGAACCCAACGACGAAUAUACUUUGAAUAAUGAAAAAAAGGAUUAUCAGUGGUUGGGAGCAUCAAUGGACGGCAGUGACAGCGAAAAUGAUAAGUUUGUGGUAUGUGCGCCGCGUAUAAUGUCCGAUCAAUCACGUGUAUGGCCAUGGCAUUAUUUGCUCCACGGCAUCUGUUACUGGACAACAAAUACAUCUUCAAGUGAACCAAUGAAUGUGCAGAAAAUAGCUCCGCUUCGAUUAAAAUCAAGUCAGCAGUUGAAAGUUAGCAAAAAACCUUACUAUAUUUACGGAGAGCAGGGUCUGAGCGUGCAUAUCACGGAAAAUAUGGAAGAGAUUUUGAUUGGAGCUCCAGGUAUUUUCGGCUGGUGCGGUUCAGUAAUUCGUCACAAGGCAAAGCUAUUAGUUGAAGAUUACAAUUUGAGUCGACGCAAAAGGCAGCAAACUGAAAUGGACCCAAUAGAGUAUAGCAGUGAUGUUCCCAAUCCAAAGCUAUGGAAUCAAGAAUUUGAUUCAUAUUUUGGCUUUGCCGUUUCAUCGGGAUAUUUCGACGGCUCAUUCAAUGGGAUUGAGAAUUCUCAACUACUCUAUGUUGCUAGUGCACCAAAAGCAAAUAUGGCGUUUGGUGCUGUUUAUAUUUUUGACAUUGUUGACUCACCUUCGACCGAUAAAACCAUUAAAAUUUACCACAUAUUUGCGGGUCAACAAAUGGGCGAGUAUUUUGGAUAUUCUCUCCUCACAGAGGACUUUAAUAACGAUGGUUUCCCUGACAUCGCCAUUGGAGCUCCAUAUAAUUCAAAGGCGGGAACUCAUGAGAAUGGAGCCGUUUAUAUCUAUAAAAACGAGGGAAGUUCGUCGAAUUUUGCAUUGCAUGCGGUUCUACGAACGGACUUUGAGUUUGAUGGCCGCUUCGGAACAACCAUUUCGAAAGUUGGAGACAUUAACCAAGAUGGAAUUCGUAACAAUGGUCCGAGUAAUCUCAAGUCUAUUUAUAUUCUCGUCUCUUUGCCCAUAUCUCUUCUCAAUCCAUGGACACUGGAGAGAGAAAACCUGAUUGACACGAGUAGUUUGACGAUUAAAAGCAUUUACAAUGGACAAUAUUUCGAUGUCGAAUGGAUGCAGAACAACACAAUUUUAGAUUUGCAUGCCGAAGACCCAUUUCUACCGGUGCAAACUUUAUCAACAACUAAUGAAAUAAAUUUUCCCAAGGCUUUGAUUGGGGGCCGAUCUCGUAGAUCACUUGAAAACAUACAAGACUCUCAUUUUAAUCCAUAUUCGCAAAAAGUCGUCGAAACGAGACAAAGUCGCAGCUCAAUUGCUACAGAUCUAAUCGACAAAUCAUUUGACCCAGAUUUGUUCAGUGUAAAUGACCGCAUCUUGUCUAAUCUGCCAUCCAAUCGUACAAUUCAUUUCGACUGUAAGGACUCAAAUCAAGAAUAUUGCCUGGUGGGAAGGUUCAGGGUGUCCAAUUUCAAAGCAAGUAAUUCUCCUGUUUUGAUCACGUUGAACUUUGCAAUUGAUAUGGCGAAAAUGGCCAGAAUUAUGUCGGGAAAGAGGGAUAUUCUGGUGAUUCGGACAUCGGUGGAACUUGGGGAAAUAUUUGACGAUGACACAUCCACAGUCCAAGUCGUUCAAAAUCAACCGUUUACAGUAAUUUCGAAAUACGUGGACAAUUCAACUCCUCUGUGGAUUUAUGUACUUUCGAUUAUUUUCGGUCUUUUAUCACUGAUUCUCAUUUCGUACGCGCUGUUCAGAUUUGGAUUCUUCACACGUGGCAAAAGAGAUGAAUUGGUCAAACUGAAGCGGCAAAGCGAAUUGAUAUCAUAUUGGGUUGUGCCGGGGGACGGCAUGGAUGAUGAUUGA